UCGCUUCUCUAAUUUUCUCAUUGAAAACUGAAAGAGAAAAAUAAAAUAAAAUAAAUAAGAGAGAAAAAAAAAAAGAAAAAGAAUAAGAAAAAGAAGAGUACUUUGGCAGUGUUAUACUCUGAAGGAGACGACUGAGAUUGCUCAGAUAAAAAGCUUGUUUCCAAAUAUCGAAUGCGGCUCACCAUUUCUUCUUCAUUUUUACUUUUCUUUUGUUUUUGUUUUGGAUUCAUGGGCUGCUAGAUUUUUAUUAACAUCACAUAAAAAUCAAUCUUUAUCCAAACCCAAAUCUUUCUACUCUUUAUAUUUUCGGUUUUUGGUUUUGUUUUUGGGAUGGCAUCUUCAUCACUGGCGAGUUCGCUAUGCACGUGGCUCGUGGCUGCUUGUAUGUCGUUCACGUGCGGGAAAGACCAGUCGCAGUCCCCAAUGCUCCAUUCAUCAGCCUCUUCUUCUGCUUCUUCUAAGAGACUCGGCCGUUGGGCUCGUAAUAGAAGGAAAGCUCUGCUCUUUCAAACCAGCAACAGAGACGGGGGUUUGAUUUCGUCGUUUUGUGGAUCCAGUAUUCAAGGCUUGAUGACUUCCUGCUUGGCUUUUGAGCCCUGUAAUGACUACUAUUCCUCCAAAAAUGGUAGCUUUUUUGGUCAAAAUAAAAGCUUCUCUUCUUUCUUUGGAUCCAAAAAUGUUUCCAUCAGUAAUAAUCGCAAGCAACGAAGGCUCAAUCGAGGUGCUGUCCAUUCUGGAGAAGCCAAGGCUAUAGCUGUGCAACCCACAAGAGAAAUCACAACAAAGAAGAAACCUCCUACGAAGCAAAGACGGGUUGUUGUGACUGGGAUGGGAGUGGUAACUCCACUUGGACAUGACCCUGAUGUCUUCUACAACAAUUUGCUUGAGGGUGUUAGUGGUAUAAGUGAAAUUGAGACUUUUGACUGUGCCCAGUUUCCAACUAAAAUUGCUGGAGAGAUAAAAUCUUUCUCAACCGAUGGAUGGGUUGUACCAAAACUUUCCAAGAGGAUGGACAAAUUCAUGCUUUAUAUCCUUACUGCUGGAAAGAAAGCCUUGGAAGAUGGUGGAGUAACUGAAGAUGUAAUGGAAGAGUUAGAUAAAGCGAAAUGUGGAGUUUUGAUUGGUUCAGCAAUGGGUGGCAUGAAGGUUUUCAAUGAUGCAAUUGAAGCUUUGAGGAUCUCAUACAAGAAGAUGAAUCCUUUUUGUGUACCAUUUGCUACUACAAAUAUGGGUUCUGCAAUGCUUGCAAUGGAUUUGGGAUGGAUGGGUCCUAACUAUUCAAUCUCCACUGCAUGUGCUACAAGCAACUUUUGCAUAUUAAAUGCAGCUAACCUCAUCAUUAGAGGCGAAGCUGAUAUGAUGCUUUGUGGUGGCUCUGAUGCAGUAAUUAUACCCAUUGGGUUGGGAGGAUUUGUGGCAUGCGGAGCACUCUCUCAGAGGAACAAUGAUCCCACCAAAGCUUCACGCCCUUGGGAUGUUAGUCGUGAUGGAUUUGUCAUGGGGGAAGGUGCAGGGGUUCUGCUUUUAGAGGAAUUGGAGCAUGCUAAGAGGAGAGGUGCGACCAUCUAUGCAGAAUUUAUGGGUGGAAGCUUGACUUGUGAUGCUUAUCACAUGACUGAGCCACGCCCUGAUGGAGUUGGUGUCAUUCUCUGCAUGGAAAAGGCCUUGGCUCAGUCUGGAGUAUGCAGAGAAGAUGUAAAUUACAUUAAUGCUCAUGCUACAUCUACCCCUGCUGGAGACAUUAAAGAGUACCAGGCUAUCCUACAUUGUUUUGGCAAGAAUCCUGAGUUAAGGGUUAACUCUACAAAGUCAAUGAUUGGUCACCUACUGGGAGCUGCUGGAGCUGUGGAAGCUGUUGCUGCAGUACAAGCAAUACGGACUGGUUGGGUUCAUCCAAAUAUCAACCUGGAAAAACCAGAUGAAGGAGUGGACACAAAUGUGCUGAUGGGGCCAAAGAAAGAAAGAUUGAAUGUUAAGGCUGCAUUGUCUAAUUCUUUCGGGUUUGGUGGCCAUAAUUCCUCUAUCAUUUUUGCCCCACACAAGUAAAAUAGUUUAAUCAUUGCUCUUCCAGCGUUUUCUUAGAUUUGGUCGAAGGUUACCCAGAAAAUAUCUUCUGUAGACAAACAUUACUUUGAAAGGGUUUAUUAUAAGAAGUAUGGUGGCCAGAUAAGGGGAGCUUUAGAAAAGACCUGACAGUAUGGCUCUACCUAACUAGGGAGGACGUUAAGUGUUCACCAUGGUCCAUUGCGCUGUUGUUUUUGAAGAAGUCGUUUUUCUCUUAAAAUUUAGCUACAAUGGAGCUUUUAGUCUUUUAGCUGUUAUGGGCCAUUGAACCACCAGUAAAUGUGGUAGAUGGAGUUCUGGUCUUGUGUACAGGAAAAAUGGCUGAUCGGUUGUUUUUGCACGUCAAUUUGUAAUGAAUUUUGAGCUGUCAGAUUCCUGGUUACACUUUCUAGAUUGGUGGUUUAUGACUUUUUAUGU